AUGAUAGCUGAGAUAGUUGCUUUAUUUGCAUUUUUGUUUGAAAAUUGCACAGGAGUGGUAUUGAUCGAGAACUAUGCAUCAAAAGAGCGCGGCAACGAAGAGGAAGGCACCGCGGAAAAGCUUCGAAACCUGAUUCAAACUACAAAACGACAUGAGCUCGAAGAAUUCACCAACUUCGAUGAGACCGACGAUGUGUUCCGUGAGUUUGAUCCCCCUGAAGCCGAAGAACGAGAUCCCAGAUCAUGGCCGAAAAGACUUCCUUCGUUCAGAUCAACUGCGUGGGAAUCUUUCAAGACAGUAUUUCUUAUUAAAACUCUUGCUGGUACGGCCUUAGGCCUCCUUGCGGUUUCACUUGCGUUUCUUGACUUCAACACAGCAGAUCUCUGCUACGACAAGACUGCAGAAUGGGACAAGAUGCCACGUGGCGUUCAAAGCAUUCGAGUGACCGGCCAAGCCGUCGAAGGGUUUGUUAUUGAGCUUUGGGACUUCCUUCUGUUGUCAACAGCAUUCCCGUGGUCUCUGAUGAAAGAACUGAACUUGCUUACUCUAAACUUGCUUUCAGGGGAAUCAAAAAACUGA